UCCUUAAACUAUGUUUCGGAAUCAGUUUCAGAGCGGUUUCCUGUCUAUCCUGUACAGCAUAGGAAGCAAGCCUUUGCACCUCUGGGAGGAAAAGGUACGAAAUGGUCACAUCAAACGGAUCAGAGAUGACGACAUCCAGUCACUUGUACUGGAGAUUGUGGGGGCAAACGUCAGCACAACAUAUAUCACCUGCCCAGCAGAACCAAAGAGAACCCUGGGAAUCAAAUUGCCUUUCCUUGCCAUGGUCAUCAAGCACUUGGAUAAGUAUUUCGCCUUUGAGGUUUUGGUACUGGAUGACCAGAAAGUGCGCAGACGGUUCAGAGCGAGUAACUACCAAAAAACAACCAAAGUCACACCGUUCAUGUGUAUCAUGCCCAUGAGACUGGACGAUGGGUGGAACCAGAUUCAAUUCAACCUGUCAGACUUCACGAGGAGGGCCUACGGGACCAACUACACGGAGACGCUGCGUGUCCAGAUCCACGCCAACUGCCGCAUCCGUCGGGUCUAUUUCUCCGACAGGUUGUACUCAGAAGACGAGCUGCCAGCAGAAUUCAAACUAUUCCGACCCGCUGGGGGUAAAGUGGCCUAG